CCUCUCCACACCCCGCCCUUAUCUCACAAAGGGGCCGCGAACCACAUGGACACAAGGACGGACACAGGGGGGAGGCAAACGCCCGAGACGAAACGACAUCGCGGCUCCCGCGACGACGCGGAGGAGACGCCGAGGCCAGGCAGGAUUGUGCCGCGGCGGGCGAUUCACGGCUCCCAAAGCGCAUCAGCCGACCACUCGGAAACCGACAGCCGGAGCCGGGGCUCCAGCCGCACACGUACCUCGAGCCAGGCAUCCACGCGCAAGAGACGGAGGCAGCUCGGGGUUGGCCACGAGCCGGUCAAAGUCUUCACCUUUGCCAGCGCCUCCAGCCAGGAUCAGGAUGAUUUCACACUGCCUUUGCCGCUGCAGGAGCUUUUGAGGGACUUUGGGGAAGUCCAUGACGGUGCCAUCCCUUUCGUCUCGCAAUCCCGUAAACCAGAGCUCAUCGCCUUCAGCUUUAGGGACAGCGCCUACUUCGAGGAGAAUUCUGGCCAGGACGGGCAAGGGCACAAAAAAUCAGCGAGAACCUAG